GCCCCCCCCUAAAAAAAAAAAAAAAAAGGGUGCGGGGAGGAGCCGUCAAGACGGUUACGAAGAAAUUAAAUAGCAUUCAUUGACAACCAAACGUCUCGAGUGUGGACUUUAAAGUUGUUCCUGUUGAUUGGAGGACCACAAACUAACCAAACAGGAAGAAGGAACAGGAAGUUCAGGAAGCGGUAGCCGGAAGUGCACAGAAGCCACAACCAAUCAUCAUGUCCGGUCAGUUCCCAAGUUACACCCAGCAGGGGCCUUACCUGACCCAUCACGGGGGCCAAUCAGUGGCCCCUUAUCCCGCGUUUCAGGGCGGCUACGGGGACCCCGGUCAAGCCCCAGCUCUAGGCUUCAACGUGGACUACAACCAAGGUCCACCUCCUGUCAUGUUUCAACCGGGACUGAUGGGGGAGGCCCCCCCUUACGGCGGGUCGCCCAGGGCGGCGGCCCCCGCUGCGGCCCCGUCUGCAGUGGUUCCCAUCGGGGUCCCGCCAGGACUUGAAUACCUCACUCAGAUUGACCAGAUUCUGAUUCACCAGAAAGUGGAGCUUCUCGAAGCGUUCAUCGGCUUCGAGACCAACAACCAGUACGAGAUCAAGAACAGUCUGGGCCAGAAGAUCUACAAGGCCAAGGAGAAGAACGACUGCUGCACCAGGAACUGCUGCGGCUCGCUGCGCAGCUUCGACAUGAAGAUUAAGGACAACACCGACCGCGAGGUCAUUCGCCUCAUCAGGCCCUUACGCUGUGUGUCCUGCUGGUGUCCGUGCUGCCUGCAGGAGAUGGAGGUCCAGGCGCCACCAGGCACGACGGUGGGCUUCGUCAAACAGGACUGGCACCCUUUCGUGCCCCGCUUCUCCAUCCAGGGGCCCAACAAAGAGACCCUGAUGAAGCUGGAGGGGCCCUGCUUCGCCUGCAACUGCUGCGGCGACGUCAACUUUGAGCUGAGAGGCAAAGACGGCGGCGAGCCAAUCGGCCGCAUCAGCAAGCAGUGGAGCGGCCUCUUGAAGGAAGUCUUCACCGACACGGACAACUUCGGCAUCCAGUUCCCUCUGGACAUGGACGUGAAAAUGAAAGCCGUCCUCCUGGGCACCUGCUUCCUCAUCGAUUUCAUGUUCUUCGAGAAGGUGGGCGAGGCCAACCAGCGCAGCACGGUCUUCUCUUAAGACAGGAAAUGAAUAGUCAAGCAGAGAAUUUCUUUUGGAUUUUCCGUCCGCCAACCACUUACCACUCCAGUAGGAAGUUUUUCUUUACAUGUUGGUUCAAAUAUUACUGCAUUAUUUGUUAUUUAGUCCACAUGUCAAACAAGCAGGGUUUCCCAAAUGCAACGUGUGCCAGACAUUAAUAAAGGCUACACAUAAAACACAUUCAUUUGGGAUAUUAGAGUAAGAAAGUCUUUUUUUUUUUUUUUUUUCCCCGGAAAUAUCAAAUUCUAUUCAUAAGAGAAAAAGUAGUCAUGAGAAAAAAGGUGAUAUCCCCCCCCCCCCCGACCAAAUGUCCUUUUUUUUUUUUUUUUUUUUUCCCCCCCCCAAGAAAAAGUCAAAAUGUUACAAGAAUUAAGCUAGAUUUUUUUCCCCAGGAAUAUCCAAGCCUAAUCAUAAAAGAACCAAGGAGGGAAAAAAUAUAUAUAUUUGACCCCAAAAGUCAUAAUUUGGCGAGAGGCAUAUUCUUUCAAGAUAAAAGUCGUGGUCACACUAUCUUUCGAGAGAGAUUUGUAUUUCUUAAGAGAAUAAUGUCUGAAUUUUAGCAGAAGUUGCAAUCUGACAAGAAGCUCUUUUUCCUCAUUCAGAGUUCAACUUUUUUUUUCCUUUUGUAAAAAAAAUGUUUUUCCCCCCGUAAAAAAAAUUGCAACUUUACUCUACCUCGAAAAACAAUUCCCCCCCCCAAAAAAUAUUAUUUCUUCAUUUUGGGAAGCCCUGCAUUACACGACAGACUCCAUAUGCUGAAUUUGAUUCCAACAGGUGACAUUCUUAUCGAAUGUCAUAUAGUAUUGGCUGUAUGGAGCGAGUCUGUCCAAAUGUGUACAUAAUUGUAAAAAGUGUAUUUACCAUUGGAUUUGGUUCCACUUAACUAGUGCCAGUCAUCCAACAAACCCAAUCCCGCAUUUCUGCCUUCCACUCAAGUGCCUGAUUGUUUUACCACAUGACCUAAAGCAUGUUUAUGCUACCUCUGCUCCAACCCAGUCCCUUUUCUACAUCCCGUUUCAACACACAUUUUUAAUCCAUAUGAAUAUAUUAGAUACAAUUUAAACACUGUGUACUACAACACUGUCAUAUAUAUAUAUAUAUUAAAGCUUUUGCUGCUA